AUGAGACAAUAAUAAAAAAAUAAACAUUUUUAAAAUUAUAUAUAAAUUAACAGAAUAAAUUAACUACCAUAAGAAGCCUUUUAAAUAUAUAAGUAUUUAUUUCAUUUUUUUCUCCCCUCUAACUACCUUAAAAAAUUUUAAUUAAUAGGUACUUUUUUAAAAAAUCAUAAUUUUCCUUAACAUAUGAAGAAAAACAAUAUAUUGUAAUAAAAUUAAAUAGACACUUUAAAUAAAGAUAAUCUUUUAAAACUACUAAAAAAUAUUUAAAAUAAAAGAGUGAUGAAUUAAAAUAUAUAAUACUUUAAGAGUGAUAUGGAUUUUCUAAACUCAUCCUAAACUUCAUUUACUGAUGUAUAAAUUAAUUUUAGUUCAAAAAACAUUUUUCUAAAAAAUUAAUCAAAAUUGAUUUCUAAAUUUGCAAACUUUGAUGAGCUCUCAACCUUAAUACUUGAACUAAGAUGUGAUAGUUUAGGAUUAAAUGGAGCAAUAGUUUUAGGCACAGCUUUAUCAAGCUGUAAAAAUAUUCAAAAUUUGACUUUAAAAAUAUUGGAAAAUCAAUAAUUUACUGCAGAAGGGUUAUCUUCUUUAUUUCAUGCUUUUCAUGGUUUAACUAACCUUUAAACCUUUAAAUUGAGUAUGGGAGGUAACUGGGUUGAUGAUGAGGGUUUUUAAAAUAUAAGUCAGGCUUUAGCAAAUUGCUUUAAUCUCCAAGAAUUGAAUUUCAAUUUUUUUUGUAAUGGAGUAAGUAAUAUUGGUAUAUCUCGUCUAGCUUCUGUAUUAAAAAACUGGUCCAAACUUAAAAUCUUGACACUUAUAUUUGAAUUAAAUUCUAUAGGAAUCUAAGGUGCCUUUAAUUUAUGCUCUGCUUUAUAAAGAAGCUUCAGUAUUACAAGCCUAACAUUGAAUUUUUAUGAAAAUUAUUUAAAUUAAGAGAAUGAAAAAAAGCUGAUGAAGAAAAUUUAUAAAAUGAAAAAAUUAGUUAAAAAAUCAAUUUAUUUUUGA